UCUCACAUUAUCAGAUCAUCACACUGGAAGCUCCAGUUGGAAGUCAAGAAGACUCUCACACAACUCAUCUGAUCUACACAACUUCUCCAGGUUGGAGAAAUGGCCUCAGAUAACAUAACCGUUGCUGCCCUGGGUCAACCUUUCACCCUGGGAAUGCUCUAUGAUGCUCGGAGAGAUCGACUGAUCCCAGGUUUGACAUUGUGGGAUAUUAAAACUCUACAAGGCAAGAUAAAAGAAAGCCCUCAGCACUCCAGUGCAUUUGACAUGGCUGCUUCUGACUCCACUGAAUCCAAGUGCUCUCUGCUGGAUGUUGAAGCUUCUCUGAAGGCCAGUUUCCUGGGUGGACUGAUAGAAGUUGAAGGAUCUGCCAAGUAUCUGAAUGAUCAGAAGAAAUUCCACAAUCAGAGCAGAGUGACACUUCAGUACAAAGCUACCACCAACUUCAAGCAGUUAAUGAUUGAACAACUAACCAUGCAAACCCAACAGAUGGAUGUCAUUAAGAAGAGCUCAGCAACACAUGUAGUCACAGGCAUCCUUUAUGGGACAAAUGCUUUCUUCGUGUUUGACAGUGAGAAGUUAGAGGCCAGCAGUGUUCAGGACAUCCAGGGCAGCAUGCGAGCUGUAAUAAAGAAGAUCCCCUCAUUUGAUUUUGAGGGGCAAGUUAAGCUUAACCUGACUGAUGAAGAAAAAGCCCUGACACAGAAAUUCUCCUGCAAAUUCUACGGAGACUUCAUUCUUGAAAGCAACCCUGCAACAUUUGAAGAGGCAGUGAAUACCUAUGUACAACUCCCAAAGCUACUGGGAGAAAAAGGAGAGAAGGCUGUUCCAGUGCAGGUCUGGCUGAUGCCGCUGAAGAAUUUCAACCCCAAAGCUGCUGAGCUGAAGAAAGAGAUCACAAACAGAUUAGUUAGGAAGGCUCAGGAUAAUCUAGACGAUUUAAGGAAAAUACGAAUGAGAUGCAACGAUUCUCUAGAAGACGAAGUGGUAGAUCAUUUUCCUGUGAUUGAAGAAGAGUUGAGCACUUUCCAAAAAUCGUGUGGUAAUUAUGCAUUUAACCUUGAGCAGGCCUUGGCGAAGAAUCUUCCCUCCAUCCGUGAAGGAAAAGAAGAUGAGAGCUCCCUGAACAAACACUUUGAAGACAGAGACAAGUCACCAUUCAGUCAGGAAAAACUAACCAAGUGGCUGGAUCGUAAAGAGAGAGAAAUCAAUGUCAUCAAAGCCUGUGUAGAUAUCAUGGAGGGAACAAAGAUCGUCCCAAAUCAGUCAGAGCUGGACAGACAGGUUCUUGCUCUAGGUGUAGAAGAUGUUCUGUGCUUUGUUUUCACUUCAGUGGAAAGGGGUGAUACCGACCUUGAUGUGAUGGCCGACUACUUGCACUUCCCUAAAUUAGGAAGUACCAAUGAAGAUCCAUGGUACUACUCAGAUGAAAUUGUCACCAAAAUGAGAGAAAAAGCCAAAGCUUUCCAUCAAAUUGCCAACCCACUGAAGAACAACAGUCGAUUCCGUUUCCUCAUAGCAGCCAUUGCUAACAAGAACUACACAGGAGCAACCAUCUACCAUUACAGGAACAGCAUUCUGGUCACUGAAGAUUUUUCAAAGCCUGUCCUCCCUCCUGUGGACACCAUCACAAACAGAAGACAACUGAUCUGGUAUGCCUGUGAUCUCAACCUGGACCCAAACACUGCAAACUACAACCUCAUUCUGUCUGAAGGAAACAAAAAGGCAACAUAUGGGGCACGGCAGUCAUAUCCUGAUCGCCCAGAGAGGUUUGAUAAACAGCCUCAGGUGUUGUGCAAAGAGAGCUUAUCUGGGCGACAUUACUGGGAGUUUGAGUGGAAUGAUUGUUCUUAUGAAGCUAUUCAUGUUGCCGUUGCAUACAGUGAAAUUGAGAGAAAAUCAGGCCGUUCAGAUAGUCUAAUUGGAAGAAAUACCAUAUCGUGGGCUUUUGGCAAAACUGCUGAUUCUGGAAAUAAGACACACUCACUUAAAGCAUUUUAUAAUAAUCAGGUGAGGUGGAGCAGUCCUUAUCCCUCUGAUGGCUGUAACAGAGUUGGGGUGUAUCUGGACUGGCCUGCUGGCACUCUGUCCUUCUACAGAGUCUCCUCUAACACACUGAGGCACCUCUACACCUUUCACACCACAUUCACUGAGCCUGUUUACCCAGGAUUCAUGAUCUAUUAUGAACAAAACUAUGCGUACCUGUGUCCACUUGAAUAGGAGUAAUACUUCUCAUAUUCUUGAUCUGUAAAUAGGGAUAUAAGUUUACAUUUUAUCUUGAACAUGCUUCACAAGUUUAAACAAUGCAUUUUAACCCAGAGGGACCAGGAACAUUGAUGAUGAAAUCAAUAGGUGGCU